UUCAACCAAAAGCUCCGUUUCGGCAAUGCCGGGAACCUUCCCUCUCUCCUCCAUUUCCGUUGAGUAGAGUUCUUAGUCCAUCGCUGAACAACAACCAGCUUCUUCCACCGAUUCUCGAGCUUCUUAUUCUCGAUGUUCAGAUAAGAAUUCAUAUGCAAUAUCAAUGGCGAAGAGAUCAGUAGCAUUCCCGUUCUCGCGUCUUCUCCUCAGUCAUGUCUUCAAGAACCCUAUGGACGCCAUAUUCCAUGGAUUUCCCCCUUCCUCUCGAAACCCAAAUCUCUCUCUUCUUGGCGCACUCUUCUGUUCCACUUCCUCAUCCAGAGACGUACGGAACCUUCUUGCCGAGUUGAAGAUUGAGAAGCAGUUUAUGGAAUCGGUUUCGGAUGAGCAAUCGAUUGACUUGAGUAUAACAAGCAAUGUUAGAGAGAAUGGGCUCGAGGAAGCACUUUCUUUGUAUGAGGAAAUGGUUGGAAGUGGGAUCUUCCCUGAUGUAGUAACUUAUAGUUCCAUUUUAUAUGGUCUUUGUAAGCAUGGGAAGUUGUCUGAAGGAAAACUUCUUUUGAGGGAGAUGGAAAAGAUGGGCAUGCAUCCUAAUGAUAUCUCAUAUUCUAUCCUUCUCGACGCAUUGUUUAAGGCUCGGAAAAUUAAAGAAGCAUUAAUGACACUGGGUUGUAUGAUUGUGCGUGGGAAUAGCUUUGAUCUGAUAGCAUGUACUGUUUUGAUUGAUGGAUUCUUUAAGAAUGGAGGAAUCAAAGAGGCUGAAUAUAUAUUCAACAACUUAUAUCAACUUAAUCUAGUUCCGAACUCUAUCACAUAUUCUGUUUUAAUUGAUGGACGUUGCAAGUUAGGAGACAUAAAUGGUGCUGAAUCUUCUCUGCAUGAGAUGGAGGAGAAACAUUGUGUUCCUAAUGUCAUCACAUAUUCUUCUAUGAUCAAUGGUUAUGUGAAGAAUGGAAUGCUUUGGAAUGCAUUUAAUGUAUUGAGAAAGAUGGUACACAAAAAUGUGAUGCCAAAUAUAUUUACUUAUGCAAUUCUACUUGAUGGUUCAUUCAAAGCUGGUUGGCAAGAUAUUGCCCUUGAUCUUUAUAAUAAAAUGAAACAGAAGGGAUUGAAGGAUAAUGUUCUUAUACUGGAUGCUUUUGUGAACAACUUGAAAAGAAGUGGAAGGAUGGAAGAAGCUGAGGAUUUAAUUGCAAAAAUGGAAUCUGGAGGUUUAAUACCCGACCUUGUGAACUACACAAACUUGAUGGAUGGGUUCUUGAAGUCUGGGAAGGAGUCAUCUGCUCUUAACCUGGCUCAGGAAUUGAUAUCCAAGAAUGUAGUGUUUGAUGUUGUUGCUUUUAAUGUCCUAAUUAAUGGUUUGUUUAAGCUUGGGAAAUGUGAUACUGAAUCAAUUUAUAAAGUAAUGGGGGAUUUGGGGUUAUCUCCCGACUCAGCAACAUACAACACCAUGAUAAAUGGUAAUUUUAAGAAGGGGAACUGGGAAACUGCCGUGCAAUUGUGGAAUGAGAUGAAGAGCAGAAAGUUGGUACCAAGUGCAAUCACAUGUAACCUUAUGAUAAACGGACUUUGUGAAGCUGGGAGGAUAGAAAAUGCAAUCAAUAUUGUGAAAGAAAUGGUUGUGAUGGGUUUGUACCCCACAUCAAUUACUUAUAGAAUUCUACUCAAUGCAUCCUCAAAGAGUAGAAGAGCUGACACUAUUUUACAGGUCCAUAAGUUGCUUGUUGAUUUGCACCUUGAAGUCAAUAAGGAUAUUUACAAUAUUCUCAUAAGCAACUUGUGCAAACUAGGAAUGACUAGGAAGGCAACUGCAGUGCUGAAAGACAUGGAGAAAAGAGGAAUUUUAGCUGACACAAUAACGUACAAUGCCCUGAUACAAGGAUACUGCAUUAGCAGCCAUCUGAAGAGAGCUUUUACAACAUUUUCUACUAUGUUGUCUGAAGGAGUUUCUCCAAAUAUUGUAACUUACAAUCUCCUUCUAGGUGGUCUUUCUAAAGCUGGGUUAAUACGUGAGGCAGAUGACCUACUCAGCGAGAUAAAGAAACGGGGCUUAGUUCCCAAUGCUUGUACCUAUGAAACUCUGAUGUGUGGCCAUUGCAAGGUUGGAAAUACAAAGGAAGCUUUGAGAUUCUACUGUGAGAUGGUAAUUAAGGGAUUUAUUCCAAGAGCGGGCGCCUAUAACACGCUUAUUGGUUAUUUUUCCAAGAUGGGAAAAAUGAGCCAAGCCAAGGAGCUAAUGAAAGAGAUGCAGAGAAAAGGUGUAUCCCCCACUUCUUCCACAUAUGACAUACUGAUCUGUGGAUGGUGCAAACUAUCUAAAAUGCCAGAACUGGACAGGACAUCGAAAGUAUCAUACCGGGCUGAGGCAAAAAGAUUACUCAAUGAGAUGAAUGAUCGAGGAUUUGUUCCUUGUGAAAGUACUCUUUUUUGCAUCGGCUCUACAUUUGCUGCACCUGGGAAGAAGGCUGAUGCUCGUAUGCUAUUGAAGAGCACAUUCAGGAAAAAGCGUGAAUGAGGGCUUACUGGGGUGAGUUGAAGAAGUUGAAACUUCACAUAUAGACGAGAGCUACAGUUGCAUGCGCUCGGGAAUCUGCUGGUAUACUCAGGACGUGUUAAUAUGUUGGUUCAGAAAGUUAAAGUUCUUGAAAGGGACUGUUUGAAAGUGGGAAAGAUGAAAAACGGUGAAAUAGAAUUGUGCAUUCAAAAAAGUGGCGAGAAUACUUCUUGUAUGGUCUUCUUUGCUUACAAUGCAUGAGAUUCAAGGCGUUUCCAAAGCAUUUCAUGGGAGCUUCAAGGGACAGUUUGCUUCGAGUUGGUUGGAGAAAGUCUGAAUUUACUGGCCAUAACAGACUUUCUGAAACUGUACAAGCUUAAUGAGAGCAUGUCAUGGUGAUGGGAGGAAGGAUAUGGAUGAAUAAUGAACAGAAAGUGAAACCUCAGGCAGAUAUUUGGAGUUUUCUGAAUGUUGAUGCAGAAUUGUGGUGGCAUUGAAGUGGCAAAAAUUGAGUUCUAUGUUGAUAUAAUUUAGAGCUCUCUUUCAAGUUGGCUACAAGAAAGCGAAAGGGAAAGGGAUUUGUAAUCUCUCUUAUAUUUGGGUACUUUCGACAAAACAUUGGUUUGCUCCGUAUCUUCCGACAAAUUGGUUCAACAUUUGUGAUAUCUCACAUCGGUUAGAGAGAGGAACGAAGUGUUCCUUGUACGGGUGUGGAAAUCUCUCCCUAGUAGACAC